CGGUCUGUAGCUUAAAUAAUCGGGGUUACUCGCUUUGUUUUUCUUGUUAAAAUAACAGUUUGCGAUCAGACAGCAGAAAAACAGAAAUUUGUUUUAUCUUUAAUUAAAAAUAAAGUUAAAUUUAGCUGUCGUCGGAGGUCGAAGGAAACGAUCCACGAUGAUUUCUAAAACAACUGCUGUUGCCCGUCCUGUCCCCUGCAGUCAUGGAUUCUGAGGACGCCGUCCUGACGAAGGAAUACAUCAAGAUGAUGACCGACAUGAUCGUUCUGUGCGUCACUUUGGCGCUCUCGCUCUUCUUCUGGUUCGUCUCGCUCGCCCUCAGUGCCGUCUCCGGGAACCUGCAGCCGGUGUCGCCAUGGCGAUGGCUCUUCUCCAUCUUGGUCCCGCUCACGAUGGCAGUUCGAGCGCUGAAGAGACGCAGUCUGGACGCAUCCGGCGCGCUCGGAGCUCUCCUGGUGGGGUUCGUGUUGACGAUGGCCAACUUCAGCUUCUUUUCGGCUCUGCUCACGUUCUUCAUCACCUCCACCAAGUUGACCCGCUGGGGCGCCGAGAAGAAGAAGAAAAUCGACGCAGACUUCAAAGAAGGGGGGCAGAGGAACUGGGUCCAGGUGUUCUGUAACGGAGGCGUUCCCACGGAGCUCGCGCUGCUCUACAUGAUCGAGGUGGGUCCGGGCGAGAUCCCCGUGGACUUUGGGAAGCAGUACUCGGCCUCCUGGAUGUGUCUGUCUCUGCUGGGCGCACUCGCCUGCUGCGCCGGGGACACCUGGGCGUCGGAGGUGGGGCCUGUCCUGAGCCAAUCACAGCCCAGACUCAUCACCACCUGGCAGGAAGUCCCGACAGGAACCAACGGCGGCGUCACGACCAUCGGAUUGGUCGCCAGCUUCCUGGGUGGGGCGGCAGUGGGCGUGGCUUACUUCGUGACUCAGCUCCUCCUGGUUAGCGACCUGCACCUGGCCGACCCCCAGUGGCCCAUCGUGGUGUACGGUGGCGCAGCGGGCCUGCUGGGCUCCAUGCUGGACUCGUUCCUGGGAGCCCACAUGCAGUACUCUGGCUUCGACUCGAGCAUUGGGAAGGUGGUGAGCUACGAGUCCGCCACGACCCGGCGGAUCUGCGGGAAGCCCAUCCUGGACAACAACGCCGUCAACCUGUUCUCCUCCGUCCUCAUCGCCCUCUUCCUGCCGGGGUUGGCGUGGGGGGUGUGGCCUCGGUGAGACCGGCGUGGAUCCGUCCGUCGAUGCUCCGCUCGUCCUGACCCACAGAAAUCAGAACCUGCUCCAUCGGCUGUUUUAGGAGGUUUUGAGACAUUUUUCAAUUAAAUGUAAAAAAUAAAAUAAAAAGCU